AGAGUGAGGAGAGCCCAGCUGCAUCACUCUGUGGCCAUGAGGUGCCUUGUUACCGGGGGCAAUAUCAAAGUCCUAGGGAAGGCCGUGCACUCUCUGUCCCGCAUCGGAGACGAGCUCUACGUAGAGCCCACAGAGGAUGGGCUCUCCCUGCGUGCUGUGAACUCUUCCCGCUCAGCCUACACCUGCUUCCUGUUCGCCCCGCUCUUCUUCCAGCUUUACGAGGAGGGGAGCCCGGACCCUGAUGGGGAGACUUUCCGCUGCAAGGUCCUCAUGAAGUCCUUCCUGGGCGUGUUCCGCUCACUGCCCUCCCUAGAGAAGAUGGUGGAGAAGUGUCUGAUUUCCCUGAACCCCCGGGCCAGCCGGCUGGUCGUGCAGCUGCACUGCAAGUACGGAGUCACCAAGACCCACAACCUGUCAUUCCAAGAGUGCGAAUUGCUACAGGCUGUUUUCGACAAGGAGCUGUGCGCCAACAUGCUGCGCGCCCCUGCCCGGGUGCUGGUGGACGCUGUGGUCCAUUUCCCGGUGACGCUGGCCGAGGUGACGCUGGGGGUCAGCCCUGCUGGGAAGGUGAGCUUCCGCAAUUACCUGGAUGAGGAGACAGAGCCGAGCAGGACAAUGGUGACCGAGCUGUGCCUCUCCGAGGACGAGUUCCAGGACGUCCAGGUGCAGCAGCAGUCCCAUGUCACCUUCUGCCUCAAGGAGUUCCGGGGUCUCCUGAGCUUCGCCGAGUCCUCCAACCUGCCCCUCAACAUCCACUUCGACUCCCCUGGCAGGCCGGCUAUCUUCACUCUGUCGGACCCCCUGCUGGAAGUGCACCUGGUUCUAGCCACCCUGUCAGACCCCAACAGCAGCUCACAAGUCCGCUCCACAACCUUGCAGGCCCGGCCAGCCAAUGGUGCCUUUCCCACGGCUACCCUUGAUGAUGACUUCAUGGGUGAUGACAUUGAUUCCUACAUGAUUGCCAUGGAGACCACAUGUGAGGAGGGGCCAGGGCUGCCCUCCAGCCCCACCUUUCCCCAGAGAUGCCCCCAUCCGGGCGCUGCCCUGGAGUCAGAGAGCAGCACCAUGGAGAGCGACCUGGAGGGGGCUGUGCCAGGGACACCCCCACAGAAAAAGUUCCGUUCCUUGUUCUUUGGGUCGGUGCUGACCCAGUCUCAGGCUGGGACCCAUCCAGGGCCCAGCCAGGAUGUGCUGGUCGAGGACAGCGAGGGAGAGUCCUGAGAGAUCACCUUCUGCAGCCUGGCUCCAAGCCCCCUCCCCCCCAAAAAGCAAGGAGCCUGCGUGGAGAAGCUGGACUUUACAACCCCAUCACCUCUGCUGGAGCAGGGCAGGAAGACAGGGCAGGGCUGCUGCUUCCAAGCCACUGUGAAUAGACAUGGCCCU